AUAAUAUUUGUGGAUUAUGGCAUUCCAUUAUUUUCAAUAUGUCCUUAGUAUGAUUCUGGUUCUUAGCUUAAAAAGCAUUGAAGCCGAAACCAUAUUGAACACUGGUAGUAUUAGUAGUUCUGCAUCUCUCAACCGAGCAAGUUUCCCACAUGGUUUUAUUUUUGGGACAGCAUCAUCUUCUUACCAGUACGAAGGUGCAGCAGCUGUUGGUGGUAGAACUCCAAGUAUAUGGGAUACUUUCGCUCAUAAUUUUCCAGGCAAGAUAGAUGACAGAAGCAACGGGGAUGUGGCCAUCGAUGAAUACCAUCGUUACAAGGAAGAUGUUAUGAUUAUGAAGGAUAUGAACAUGGAUGCUUAUCGGUUCUCCAUAUCAUGGUCCAGAAUACUACCAAAAGGAAGGCUCAAUAUUCAACCUUUUGCAACUCUUUUUCAUUGGGACCUUCCUCAAAUCUUAGAAGAUGAAUAUGGAGGCUUUUUAAGCCCUAAUAUAGUAAAGGAUUUUAAGGAAUAUGCUGAGGUCUGCUUUAAGGAAUUUGGAGACAGGGUGAAGAAUUGGAUUACGUUUAAUGAACCAUGGUCAUUCAGUAAACAUGGUUACGCAGAUGGAGUUGGUGCACCAUUGAGAUGUUCAUCUUGGCAAAACCUAAAUUGCAGUGGUGGAGACUCAGCUACUGAACCCUAUAUAGUGUCACACCAUCAAUUAUUGGCUCAUGCAGCUGCUUUCAAUAUCUACAAAACUAAGUAUCAGGCAGCUCAAAAGGGCUUGAUAGGGAUAACCCUAGUUUGUCACUGGAUGGUGCCACUCUAUGAUACAGAAUUGGACCAUCAUGCUGCUCAAAGAGCCAUUGAUUUCAUGUUUGGAUGGUUUAUGGAGCCAUUAACCACAGGAGAAUACCCAAGUUCCAUGCGGUCUCUGGUUGGAAGCCGAUUGCCAAAAUUCUCAAUUCAUCAAUCAAAUCUUGUAAGAGGGUCCUUUGAUUUCAUUGGAUUAAACUACUACACUGCCAAUUAUGCUACCGAUGCUCCACAAUUAAGGGAUGCCAACCCUAGCUUCAUGACGGAUUUUCUAGUUAAUCUUACAACGAAGAGAAAUGGAAAACCUAUCGGUCCAAAGGCUUUUUCAAAUUGGUUGUUUGUUUAUCCACAAGGAAUUCUAGAACUUUUGCUCUAUACUAAAGCAAAGUACAACAACCCUAUGAUCUACAUCACUGAAAAUGGUAUAGAUGAAUUCAAUGAUCCAACACUCUCACUUGAUGAAGCCCUUAACGACACAAAUAGGAUUGAUUACUAUUUUAGUCAUCUCUACAAUAUUCAAACUGCAAUAAAGGAUGGCGUGAAUGUGAAAGGAUAUUUUGCAUGGUCAUUGAUCGACAACUUCGAAUGGAUCAAAGGCUACACUUCGAGGUUUGGAAUUUAUUUUGCGGACUAUAAAAAUGGCCUGAAAAGAUAUCCAAAAAAGUCAGCAAUUUGGUUUAAAGAUUUCCUAAGGCACAAAACACAUGGAUAUAUAUGAUGAUUUCCGCUAAGUUUGUAUAUAGACAUAUGAUCAAGCUAAGACUCCAAGAUAUAAGUGGUGUUUGUAAUUCUAAGUAGUACAUAUUGUUUGUCGAUCAAGUUAUGAUUUCUAUGUAGUUUCAUAUGGUGUGUGUAGUGUGUUUGGUUAAAACUUAGAGGAUAAAAGUAAAAGUGAUACUUAUCUUCUGCUAAUAAAAGUAAUUAUGUUUUUUGAA